AUGGAUAGAAAACGAACGCGACAAACCUAUGAUGAGUCGUCUUCGAAGAUAGGCAAAGACAAUUUUCAAAUAGAUUCAGAUGCUUAUGGAAUUAAAAAGAAAGCUAUCCGUAAACGAUUGAAGAAGUUGGAGGAAAACGAAUCCGCAGAUGAGUUUGGGGAUGACCUACCCAUCAUAUCUGAUGCAACUGCAGCCGCUGAUUACUUGAUAAAAAAGGCUUCAUAUUCAACAAACAGAAAUUUAAAUUUGAUUAAGACAAGACUUCCCAUAUGUUUUAUUCAUCAGAUCUACGACUUAUUGCCUAAUUAUACAGACGUUGAUCGCGACUUGGAGGUAGAUAUAAAUAAUGGUCUGUGGUGUUCAUUUCGUGGAAUGGACACCUCCGAAGACGAAACCAUCUUGAUGCCUACAUCUGAUUAUUUGGCUAUAAUCGAAAAAGCCAAGAUUACAUUUGAAAAAGAAGUGGCUGAUGGCAUCAAUACAUCAGGGAAGGAUCGCUUCAAGCGGUUGAUUGAAACAAGACAACCCAAAGAAAAGUGUAUUUCACGCGAUGCACUCAUCAAAGGAUGUUGUACUCAAGAAGAGGAAUUGAUCCAGUUGGUUAAAGCUGGGGUUUUGUUGCCUCAUUUGAGACUGGACCUGUAUUGGGUUUCGAUCCCUGGUCAAGGCAUGUUUUUUUCAGAUGUUAGAAAAGGCAGGGAGGAAUUUUUACAAAUGCUGAAGAAACGACCUACCAAAGACAUACUUGAAAAGGUGGUUUUUCUUUUGGCUUUACAACCUCUUCAUCGGUAA